AUGGCUCACACCUUUGAAUCUCUGCUGGGAGAGACUGUGACCAGAUCUAGCGGCCAGACGGUAGCAGUUCGCUCCCUCUGUGGCAAGGAGCGAGUGCUGGGGCUGUACUUUUCGGCCAACUGGUCGCCGCCGUGCAGAAUGUUUAUGCCGGCGCUAGCCAGUUUUUACGAGUCACUGAAGGACGGCUCGGUGACCAGCAGGGAAAACCUGGAGAUCGUCCAGAUCAGCUGGGAUAAAGACAUAGACGGCUACAACGAGUCCACACAGUCCACGCCUUGGUUAAGCCUGCCCUGGGAACAGAGGGACAGACAGCGAAAACUCAGUCGCAAAUUUGGCGUGCAUGGAAUUCCUCGCCUGGUCCUGCUGGACGGAGAAACUGGCCGAGUGAUAACCAGGGAUGGGUUCGACAGACUGUCUGAAGAUUCCACCGGAAGCGGAUUUCCCUGGAGGCGGAAGCCUCUCCAUGACAUUGUCAAGGGAACACUUCUUCAAGUAAUUGGCGGAUCUGAUGUCCCACAGGAAGUUGAUGCCAACUCUGUACUGGAUGGGCAAAGCGUUAUCGGAUUUUACUUCUCCGCACACUGGUGUCUUCCCUGCCGUUACUUUGACCCUGAGCUGAUCCGUGCCUACCAAACUCUGAAAGCUCGCGGAGAGAAGUUCCAAGUGGUCUUUGUCUCCGCUGACCGGUCCGAGGAGGCGUUUCAGCGUCACAUGGCUGGCAUGCCAUGGCUGACCAUUCCGUACGAGGAUUCCAGGAACCAGAUUGUGAAAAAGCAUUUGGGCGUCGACGGUAUUCCUAUGCUGGUCCUGGUGGAUGAAAAGGGCAACAUUAUUACGAUGAAUGGUCGACAAGCAAUAACCCAGGAUCCUGAGUGUAAGGACUUUCCUUGGUACCCGCAGCCCAUAGAUGAGCUGACCCCGCUGUCAUCUCUGCAGCUCAAUGAGAACAUUUGUGUGAUUUAUUUCUCAG